AUGACCAGCUCGUAUCUCGACAAGCCUUCCGCCAAUUUCGUUCAAACUUGGGGAAUCAGUAGACAUACAUAUAUCCCAUACCAAAAGGGGGGUGGUAGUGGGCCACGCCCACGUUCGCGAGACCCGCGAGAGAUGGGCGAAGCGGCGACCAUCCUCAGCUGCAGGACGGCAAUGAGCGGGGCAGUAGAUGUGGGCAAGACGGGCGAGAGCGGGACGGGUGAGAGAGAGGUGGGCGAGAUGGGUGAGGCAGGUGAGACGAGCGCGUGCAAGAUGAGCGAGAUCCGGGGUGACGUGAGCGAGGUGGGCGACACAGGUUUUGUUGCUCCUCUUCUGUGCCGACCACACCAGCCUCCCGCGCUACAUGCGUACAAGCACGCAUUUGCCGUCGCACUCACCCACUGGCUCCCCACCUCCCUCCUCUCCCUCAAGGACAUCUUCGAAGGCGCUGGCUAUGAAGUCGUUGUUUAUUACGCCUCUGCCUCCUCGUCGCCCUCCCGGUGCUCAGCGACCUCCGCGCCCUCCUCCGGCGGAUCCGCGUCGCCCGCCACCACGCUCACGCUCCACGACAAGGCCGCGCGCUGCCGCCUCCAGCGCUACUACCGCGAGGCCUACUACGACCGCGAGCACCCCCGCGCGCUCCAAGGGCUGCGCGCGCACCGUCGCGAGCACCGUGAUCAUGACAGUCCCCGUCUCUGCGAACCCGAGCGCGAGCGCGAGCACGAGCACGCUGCACAGUGGGACCGUGCGGACGCCCCCGCGAAGCCCCAGCACACGAUCGCACCUGACGGCGCGGGCGACGGCGUCGAGCGCAUCUACACGCCUGGCGCACUCUGCACGCUUGCCGCGGCGAGCCGCGAGAUGGGGCGGGAGGAGGGCCAAGGACCAGGACAGAGAUCGCAGCAGGACCCGCCAAGAUACAAGAACAUUGUCUCCCACCCCAUCUUGACUCCGCCUCGCCCGCGCGAGGUCACUACUGGGACAAUGUCUGCAAGCUCUCGCAGGAGCGGGCUCCGGAGCAGGGUGCGGCUGCCGCCCGAGCAACAUCCGCACCUCGCGUCCGCAAAGACGGGUGAGGGCAUCUGGGCCUGUUCGAGUACAUCGCCCGCGUCGUCGUUCGGCAAGCGGUUUGACGACGACUUAGACAUGUAG